AUGGAUCCGGCAGUGCCAUUGGUGGUCGAUAAUGGUACCGGUUUCGUCAAAGUAGGCUACGCAGGUUCCAACUUCCCCGAACAUGUAUUUCCGUCUAUCGUCGGUCGCCCGAUCCUGCGUGCGGAGGAGCGAGUUGGCACGGCGGUCAUCAAGGAUAUCAUGAUCGGCGACGAAGCAGCAGAGAACCGUAAUUACCUGCAGGUUACCCAGCCCAUGGAGCACGGUAUUGUACGCAACUGGGAGGACAUGAAGCUGCUCUGGGACUACACCUUCGACGAGAAGCUGCGCGUCAACACCCAGGGCCGUAAGGUGCUGCUCACGGAGCCACCUAUGAACCCGAAGGCGAAUCGGCAACGGAUGUGCCAGGUCAUGUUCGAGGAGUAUGGGUUCCAGGGGGUAUAUGUUGCUAUCCAGGCGGUGUUGACGCUGUAUGCGCAAGGUCUCACCACCGGUGUGGUCGUUGACUCCGGAGACGGUGUGACCCACAUCGUACCCGUAUACGAUGGCUUCGCUCUUCCUCAUCUCACACGUCGGCUGGACAUUGCUGGUCGCGACGUAACGCGGUAUCUGAUCAAGCUGCUGCUCAUGCGAGGCUACGCGUUCAAUCGGACAGCUGACUUCGAGACUGUCCGGGAGAUCAAGGAGAAGCUGUGCUACGUUAGCUACGACUUGGAUCUCGACACAAGGCUCUCCGAAGAGACCACAGUCCUCAUGGAGAGCUACACACUACCGGACGGCCGAGUAAUCAAGAUCGGUUCAGAGCGAUUUGAAGCGCCCGAAUGCAUGUUCCAGCCACACCUCGUAGAUGUCGAGCAGCCCGGUGUAGCAGAGAUGCUCUUCCAGACUAUACAGGCCGCCGCGGUCGAUAUCCGCGGGGAGCUCUACAAACACAUCGUACUGUCUGGCGGGUCCAGCAUGUACCCUGGCCUGCCGAGUCGGCUGGAGAAGGAGAUGAAGCAGCUCUAUCUCACACAAGUGCUCGGGGGCGACCCAACACGACUCAACAAAUUCAAGAUCCGCAUUGAAGACCCCCCGCGUCGGAAACACAUGGUCUUCCUCGGCGGCGCUGUGCUGGCGGACAUCAUGAAGAGUCGGGAGGAGUUCUGGAUAUCGCGCGAGGAAUGGUUCGAGCAGGGCGUCCGCUCGGUCGACAAGCUAGGCCGUGGGGAAAGCUGA